CUUCCAGACCAGGAUGAGAGAGCAGCGGAGCUCAGCAGGGAGCAGAACGAAAAGACCAUUCGCAGCACACAGACGGCUCUCCGCAAUUUCCGAGAGUUCCUCAUCUCCAAGUACCCCUCUGAGACCCGGGAGAUCUACGUCAUCCCCUGCAAAGAGCUUGAUGCCUACCUUGCUUCCUUCUUUGUGGACGCCAGACAAAAGGAUGGGUCUGAAUACGAGCCAAACAGUCUGGCCAACUAUCAGUGUGGGCUGGAGCGGUAUCUCAAAGAGCACAGGUAUGGAUACAGUAUUACAAGGGAUAAGGAGUUCAAGAGGUCCCAGGAAGCUCUAAAGCAAAAGCAGAUAGAGCUGAGGUGUAAAGGAAAAGGAAACAAGCCACACAAAUCCAUGAAGCUCACCUUUGCUGAUGAGCUUAUCCUGCGUAAAAGAGGCUUGUUGAGCCGGUACAAUCCCGAGGGGCUGCUGAAAAACAACACUAAGGCGUUUGGACACUGCACAGGUUUCCAUGGGUCCACCCUCAAGUGGGGAGACAUCCGGCUGCGGGUGACAGAAACUGGGUUGGAGUACCUGGAGUGGAUGGGGCCAGACAACGGAGACGUCAACGCCAAGAGCAAGAGAGGUGGGACGGACUCCCGGGUAUACGCCACCCAGCACUCCCCACAGACCUGCCCUGUGCAGGACUACAAGGAGUAUGCCCAGAGGCGGCCUCCAGCCAUGCGCUACGAGGACGCUCCUUUUUACCUGUCGAUCAAACCGGUUGUCAACUUGGCCGCGCUCCACUGGUACAAUUGCCAAGCCCUGGGGAAAAACAAGCUUGCCAAGAUGGUAAAGACGAUGUGCGAGAAAGGCAACAUCCCUGGCCGGAAGACCAACUUCAGCGUCUACCAGAGCUGUAGCACCCUCUCAGAAGCACAGAGCAACCAGCUGGUGCUGAUCUGCAAUAACUUGAGCCAGCAGGCUGCUCAGUCCAUGGCAAGCCACUCCAAUACUGGCAACUUCAUAGUGUCAGCAUCCUAUGACUCUUCCUCUGACACAGCUUGAAAGAGAGAUAUCACCUGAAUACGUCUUUCUUCUCCAUUUUUGUUUUAUGCGUUGAAUUUAUGCCCAAUAAUACACAUCAACUGUGAUUAUACUCUAUUCCCCAUAGACCUCUCUCCAGUGUUAAUUCACUUUAUAAAAAUAUAUAAAUAUAUAAUAUAUUUUUCUUUUUACAAAUAAGUCAAUAGAAAUAGUUUAGUAUUACUAACAUAGUAUUUAUAGUGUUGAUACAAAAAUGAAAGGUACUUAUGGGUUAUAAUAUAAAUGCAGAUUUUAAAAGGACAAAAUUGGUUCUCAGGCAACACAAGAUAGACUGGAAAUACCAUUUUUAGCAUACACAUCAGUGAGUGUAAAUCCCCAGGGAGGCUUACGUAGCAAUUCGAUUUUAAAGCAUUUUUUCAGUUUCUUAUUUUAACAUGACCUCCCAGAGUGGAGGCGACAAACUUAUCACUGGCUGCUGCUUCUUACCUGCUGGCUUAUUCUUGAUCAGCAAGACCAAGA